GGUUCCGGUGUUUCCGCUGCCCGGGGCCGUGUCCCGGUCCCGGCCUUUUAUUCCCAAUAUUCCUUAAAUAUUCCCGAUAUUCCUUAAAUAUUCCCGAUAUUCCCGCCGCCAUGGGCGCGCACCUGACGCGGCGCUACCUGUGGGACGCGGAGGUGGAGCCGGACCCGCUGCAGAUGCCGACCUUCCCCCCCGACAUGGGGAUGCCCGAGCGCCGGCCCCGCACCAUGGUGGCCUCGGCGUCCCAGCUGGCUGAGGCGCGGGUGCCGCUGGAGCAGAGGGAUUUCUGUGCCCAUCACCUGGUGCGGCUCCUGCGCUGCCACCGCGACAACUUCCCCGUGCCCUGGGGCUGCCACCACCUGAGGCACCAAUGGGACAGCUGCCAGCACGAGGAUUACGUGAUGCGCAUGAAGGAGUUCGAGCGCGAGCGGCGGCUCCGGCAGCGCCAGAAGCGGCUCCGGAAGCGCCAGGAGGCCACCGAGGCCACUGAGGCUGCUGAGUGACACCAGGUGACACCGAGGCCACCGACAGUGAGUGACACCGAGUGACACCGAGGCCACCGAGUGACACCAAGGCCACUGAGUGGCACUGAGUGACAGCCGCCACCCCCAGCCACGGUGACAAGGCCACCCCUGUCCAAUAAAAUCACCGAGUGAUGCCGUGA